AUGUCAGUAUCUUUAGAUUCUAUUACGUCCCUUAUCCUUGUGGCAGUUUUGUGGGGUGUAUCUAACCCAUUUAUUAAAAAAGGAGCUAAAGGUUUAGAAAAUGUGGAAUCAUCUUCCAAAUUUGGUCAAUUUUUUAAAGAAUCUGCAUUUCUUAUUACAAAUUUAAAGUACAUUAUACCAUUUAUCAUUAAUCAGUCUGGUUCUGUGUUAUAUUUUUUAACUUUGAGUAAAGCAGAUAUAUCAUUGGCUGUUCCUGUUACCAAUUCUAUUACUUUUAUGAUAACUGCAAUAACUGGUUGGAUCUUGGGUGAAGAAAAAAUACAUAAAAAUACGUACAUUGGGAUGAUAUUAAUUUUGAUUGGAACAGUCCUUUGUUGUUGGGAUAAAAUAGAUAAUACUAUAUAA